CAUAUAUAUAUCGUUAGAUAUAUUGUAUUGAGAUAAGUGCGCGUGCGCACUGCGCCAUACUUAUCACUUAUGAAUCAGCUGAUGAAGGAAGAUUGUUGCUGGAAAUUUCAACAGUAUUGGAGAAAACGUUAAAAAAAUAUGUCGUUAAAUACAGCGCACGCUAACGGGGGCGUUCUAAUACACGCCGGAGAAUGCAUAUUAUUAUUUUGUGACAAUGUCACAAUGGAAUUCCAUGGACCAGAACAAGUGGAAUUUGCUGGUACCAAAUAUGGUAGAUUAUACCUGACCACCCAUCGAAUGAUUUUUAAUGCCAAAGAUCUCAAAGAAAGGAUGCAGUCAUUUAGUUUUCCUUUUAUAACACUAUGUGAUGUUGAAAUAGAACAGCCAAUAUUUGGUGCUAAUUACAUCAAAGGUAAAUGCCGUGCCCAACCAAAUGGCAAUUGGAUUGGAGAAUGCAAGUUCAAGUUGCAUUUCAAAAGUGGUGGUGCAAUAGAAUUUGGUCAAGCUAUGUUAAGAGCAGCAGCAAUGGCUCAGCGUAAUGGACCUGCAAAUGAUGCUCCACCACCAUACCAACCACCAACAUCAAAUUGGUACGCAGCUCCACCACCUGCUUACCAAGCAACACAGACUGGCUAUUAUGGGUGGCUUCCACAAAAUGAUGCAUUUUCACAUACUCCACCAGCAAACAGUGUAUAUAUGACGGAUAUGCCACCACCAUAUCCUGGUAUAAAUACACCUUAUCAAGGAUAUGCAAAUGUACCGCCACAAGGUGCAUGGGGCACUUCCAGUCAACAACCUAAUUGGACACCACCUCAACAAAAUGGAGCACCUGGGUGGGCUAAUCCAAGUUAUAAUGCCCAACCAAUGUCCCAAGCAGAUGCAAAAGCAGCAGAAGCUGCUCAAAGUGCAUAUUAUGAUCCAAAUAGACCCCAGUGUGCCUAUGUUCCACCUCCUGCAUACUAUGAAAGUCCACCAAGUUUUCAACAGGCAACAGAGAAAAAGGAUCAGUAGAAAUGCAACCUUGAAGUCUGAAAAUGAUGAUGUAACAUCAGCAUUGUUCAAUUAGUAUUAUAUGUAUGAUAUGCUGUAUUGCAUAGCAACAGGUAUAUGCAUUCCACUUUAAGUUCUGAUAUAUGUCGUUUUGGUGUGUGUAAUUAAAUGAAACAAUAUUUCUAUCUUUCCUAUGCUAUCCACAAUUUUUAAAUAUAACACGAUAUAUUGUACUUUUAUGCUUCAAAGUUUGCGAGUAUUUAUACUUGCAAUGUCAAACUGUAUAAACGAUUUAUAAAAAAAAA